AUGUGGGCCCGCUGGUGCCUCGGCAAUCGCGACCCCUGGAUCUGGGUCGUCUUCUGGCUGCUCGAGGGCAGGCGCAAAUGGACACGACCCGCGCUCCUCGCUUACUGGGCCGCCCUCGGAAGCUUGAGUGUCGCAGGGUGGAAUCGCCAGCUUGCCAGGAAUAGGCGGUACCGACACCGCCCGAUGAACAACGCGGCCGCAGAGCCGGGCGCCGUUGUGCCUACCAGCUUUGACAACAGUCGACUUCAUAGCGGCGGGCAGGCGGCAGCGCUGAGCGACCCCACGACGGACCUCCUUGACGCGGCGGACAAGCAUGUGCCAACGCUGACGCUGAACGCCCGCAGAAAGUUCUUCCACGGCCUGGCGGUGUUGAUGUUUGUGCCUGGCGUUGCGUUCGACCCUGCUUUCGCUCAUCUAUCCUUCAGCGCUGCCUUUGCACUUUUUACCUUUGCGGAGUAUGUUCGCUACUUCGCACUGUACCCCUUCGGAGCUGCGGUCCACGUGUUCAUGAACGAGUUCCUCGACGUAAAGGAUGGUGGCACGGCGAUCCUGAGUCACUUUUACCUUCUUACUGGCUGCGCCAACUCGGUGUGGUUCGAGGGCCCGUCGAGACUGUUGCAGUUCACGGGGAUCCUCACACUCGGGGUCGGAGACGCCUUGGCGUCGAUUGUCGGGAAGCGUCUGGGCCGUCAUCGGUGGUCGGCCGGCACUCCGAAGACGAUAGAGGGCAGCGCGGCGUUCGCGAUGUCUGUCGUGGCCUGCGCUUGGCUGUUGCGGAUCUGCGGGUUUACUGAGGACUUCUCGAUCGUGCGAUACGGGGCAGUCGCUGCACUGGCCUCUGUUCUAGAGGCGUUCUCGGUCCAAAACGACAACCUGACCUUGCCCCUGUACAUGUGGAGCAUGCUGGCGUUCGCGACCGUACACGCAGUCGGCAUGCUGCCGUCCCCUUUCGAUCCUUCGCCUACAGACGAGCAGCUCGCGCGUAAUCUUCGCUUGCAACAUGACGACACUCAGGUAGACUAUGACUGGGCGACCUUCAUCGGCGCGUACGCGCUUGGUAGGUGGAAUCCCCUCAAGACCCCUCAUCCUCCUCGAUCGCAACUCCAGCCCCCUACGCUGGGCUCCACCUCGCGUACCCCCUCGAGGACGGCAGAAGGGCUAGACAUAUGCGACUCACCAGACCCGAACUCGCCAGCUUACUCUUGGGAACCACAUGACUUUGAAGCGCAUUCCCUCAGAGAAUCGUCCAAGCAGGUAGAGCACAAUCCCUUGACCAGCUCUGCUCCGCCGCAAUAUCAACUACCUGCUCAUUUUGCUUCGGGAUCUGCGAUGGCUUCUCCUGUCCCGAGAUUACCGGACGCCGGAAUAGCGAGCCGAAGAGCAACUAUGCCGCUGAAUUUGGGCCUUUCGCACCGACUACGAAACUCGUUCGCCGACAUUCGCUCUCCUGGCUACAGUUCUUCCCCGGAGUCGAAACCACUGGCACCCAACACUGAUGUCACCACGUCUGCUGCUGCGAUUCGCUUAGCCGCAGCUCGUGUCUCUGUCGCGCCUUUAGCCCUGCCUUCUCCGGAGCAUGAACUUACAGACCCGUUUCGAGGUGCCACGGCGACUAUACCAGGUUCUCAUCCGUCUGACCUCGGAGGGUCGCAUCCGGAUCCUCCAUUGAAGUCUCCGAAUCUCGCGCGGAAAUCGAGGCUCAGGAGCUUUUGGCAGGGCACGCAGGAUGUGGAGGAAUCGCGACUUCCCACAAUAGAAGCAAGCCCACCCGAAUCGACUGAGGACCACUCAUCACAGUCUUCUUCACAGCGAAAUGAUUACUCUCGAGAGUCGUCGAUAUCAUUCUCCUUCGUCAACUCUGUCGUCCCCCCAGCUACGGCGCCUGUGCGGUACAACGACGACAAGGAGGAUGGAGACUACUUCGGGUCCAUCGAGAGCCAGAAAGUGCUGGAAAGCGUGUCCUCUGACAGCGACAAGAACAGUAAUGGUACGCAUACAACGACUGGCACGCGUUCCGAUCGCGACUUGUCCCGACAUUCAUCGGCUCCGCUAUUGGACUAUGAGCCAACGACCGUACCCGCCCUGCCACGACGAAUCUGCCUCACGAGACAGACCUCUGCCCCUCCCCCCACACUCGCCAUGUACGAAAGGCGUGUGCGGACCUCGCGCCCUGCCUCCGAAAGUUUGACGUUAACCCAUGCCAGCCGCUCUGCGAAGGAAGAACAAAUGUUCUCUGAGCUGGGAUACUUGGCCCCGCCUAAUCCUCCGGACGAACUCGAACGAAGACGGGCGCUGUACAAGUUUAACAUCUGGAACACCGGGCAUGACAUGAAUUUCGACCGGAUCGCACACCUCGUCAAGUUGGUAUUUAGCACCCGAAUCGUUGCGAUUUCGCUCGUCGAUGGCACUGAGGACACGCCUCUUGUCGUUGGACACCCACAUAUUCGAUUCUAUGCCGGCUGUCCUCUACGGACGCAGGAUGGCUACAACAUCGGAGUGUUAUCCAUUAUCGACGAUACUCCUCGCAGAGAGUUCAGCCCCCGGCAACGACAUACACUCAAAGAGUUUGCCCAAAUCGCGAUGCGAGAACUCGAAUUAUGGCGUGACAAGAUCCAGCUACGCAUUCGAGAUCGAAUUCAAAAUUCGAUGGAGGAGUUCACGAGGGAGUGUCUUGAAGUGGAUAAGGAUGUCAGCGGCGAACGUUCCGAAGGCCGAAGUCUAUUCGUAGGAACGUCCAUGGAGCAGGUGUACGAGCGUGCCGCCCGGCUGGUGAAACGGACGCUUGAUGUUGAAGGCGCGAUCGUCAUGGACGUUUCCCACGUCGAUGUGCUAGAGACUGUCAACGCUGAGAGUACGACGUCGAUUAGCAUUCACAGCGAUGAUCUACAAUCCGGGACCACCAACCGUGUCCUGAUCGCUGACGAGUACGCCAAGCUCCAGGAUUUCUUCGCGAAGGCUCCAGAUGGCAAGAUCUGCGAAGGUAUCCUACCCUCGGGACUGCGUCCAUUCUUGCCGCCAAGGAUACAGUAUGCGUUAGGCGUCAUCAUCCUGUCUGCUGUCCUCAAGCGGCGCAUGAUUAUAGCGGACAAGGCCAAGAGCUUAUUCAUAUCCAACAUCUCGCACGAGCUUAGGACGCCGUUGCACGGAAUCCUCGCAUCCGCGGAGUUACUGUCAGAGACGUCGCUUGAUCACAGCCAAGCGUCCUUCUUGCAGACAGUACAGGCAUGCGGCACGUCAUUAGUGGAGACGGUCAAUCAUGUUUUAGACUUCACUAAGUUGAGUGGUAAUGCAAGAUCCGGCGGUGUGGAGAAUGUCAUUCAACGGAGCAAGGUCGACUUGAUGCAAUUGGUCGAGGAGGCCAUCGAAGGAUGCUGGAUUGGACACCGUGCACGAAUGUUUACCUCGGAGAUAGGCAGCGUUUACUCCCCGCCGAAGCAAGACCGAUCUUCCGCUACGAAGUGGGUAGAAACCGUCAUCGACAUUGACCACAGCGAUACUGGCUGGUUAUUCAAGUGCGAAAAGGGUGGCAUCCGGCGUGUGUUGAUGAACCUGUUCGGCAACAGCCUGAAGUUCACUACAGAUGGGUACGUUCACGUUAUGCUUCGCCAACCACCGCCUGCACCUGGUCAACCGGAGAACGUAGUGAAGAUAGAGCUGUCAGUGAGCGACACAGGCAAGGGUAUCAGCCAGAGUUUCUUGAAGAACCAGCUUUUCCAUCCAUUCUCGCAAGAGAACCCCUUGCAGACUGGAACAGGUCUAGGCUUGGCCAUCGUCAACAGUAUAGUGCGAUCGAAAAGCGUCGAUGGCAAGGUCGACGUCUGGAGCGCUGAAGGCGUCGGAACUGAGAUCAAGGUUACCUUCACGGCGGAAGCGGUCGACGACAUCGAGGCUCACCAUGGUGAUGUUGAGUUGCGGAAGGUAUAUGACGCUCUGAAACAGCCUUCCAUCUCGCUCGCCGGCUUCGACGACCCAAAUCGCGGGACCCAGCUGCUGAAGAACGUGCUUGCAACAUACCUUGUCACGCGUUGGGGCCUCGUUCUCGCUGACGACUCUGAGAGCGGGGACAUCGUGGUUGUCAACGAGGACUACGCGCACGUUACUCGAGUCGUGGAAGAGAAGAAGUCUAAGAAACCUUUCAUGAUCAUCUCCUCAAACCGCGGCGACCCGAAACUCAUGAGCGUGGUCAGCGAGUACGAGAGGCUCGGCGGGUUCUGUCGCGUAGUGUACAAGCCGGCAGGGCCAUGUCGCAUGGCCGCGGCUCUCAAGCUAUGUCUCCAUGCACUAAAUAUCACCAAGGCCUCCGCCAGCACGUCGCGCGAAGACCUCGCGGCAUAUAACAUCCAGGAAUCUCCGUCGGAUCCUGGAGACGGUUCAAGCUUCUCCUUUAUGCUCCCCCGACGGUACUCGGAGGAGUCGGGCCAGAACAAGAAACUUACACCGCAGAACUCUCGCCCAACAUUAGGUCCACGAGCUGUUACUGUCCACCCUCUGUCGACUUGGCCACACUUAAGCUCCACAAUAGAACAGGACGAGCCGCAGGAGCCGGAUAAUCACCGUCCUAUCUCACCGGUCUUUACGCAAAGUCCAUCGAGUCCGACUAUCGCCAUUGGAACGGGUGGAACGCUUCUCAAGUCCUCGGCGGGCACCCUGCAACAGCAAGGAGGCCCCAUUCGCGUGCUUGUCGUUGAAGACAACUCUAUUUUACGUGGGCUUUUGGUGAAAUGGUUGCGCAGCAAGGGUUACGAAUACCGUGAGGCCACUGAUGGUCUAGAAGGUGUUCAAGCCUUUGAAGGAGACGGGCACUUUGACGUUGUCCUCGUCGACUUGUCCAUGCCUGUACUAGAUGGUGUUGGUGCCACGGUCAAAAUGCGCGACUUCGAAGCCUCGCGGAAGAAGGAAGAGCAGUCUGACCGACGCACGCAGAAUGCCCGAAUACUGGCGCUCACCGGCAUGUCGUCUCUCGAAGACAAACGAAGGGCCUUCGACGCUGGCGUCGACGGCUACCUGGUGAAGCCCGUCGCCUUCAAGACGCUAGAUGUGAUGUUCCACAAAUUGGGCCUCUCAUGA